AUGAUUGAGGCCUCCCCGUUCUCCUCACUCGAGCAAUCAAGGUCAUUCGCAAGAGACCUGUGGUUCAACAAGUUGCCCAUUCAGUCAUGGCUGGACACAUUCUCAGCACACAUGCACUUAUGUGAUGCUAUUACUAUUGCAAGUGGGGAUAUUAGGGAGGCAUUGCUUCAAUUCGCAACAAAGUACCGAAAAAAAUUCGGCUUCGGGUUCGUCACCAGCACGAACCUGCGCCUUUCGCAACAAAUACUGGUGGAGGUGCAGGCACGAUAUCAGAAUAGUCUGCAGGUUGAACUUGAAACGGCGUCUCGGGAGGAAUUCACUCUUAUAGAAAGAGGUCUUACGAAACUAUGGGAACGUUUGUCUCGGGAAAAGACUCUAGAUGUUUCGGAAGAGACCGGCGAGGUAGUUCAAGAUUCGAUGCUCGAAGAAGACGUUGCGCCAGAUAGUUCUGAUGAGGUUGUCUCUAAAGGACACCAACCUUCCAUCAUAACCUUUGACCUCAAUAAAACUCCAGAGGAGAAUGAUAUUUGCUGA